CAUAUCUUCAAUUGCCUGCAUUUCAACAUCGACCUCAUCCAUCGACAACCGCCAGGAUGGGUCGCGUUAUUCGAAAUCAGCGAAAGGGCCGCGGCUCUAUUUUCACCGCCCACCAGAGACUCCGAGUCGCACCUGCCAAAUUCCGACAACUCGACUUCUCAGAGCGUCACGGGUAUGUUCGAGGUGUGGUAAAAGAAAUCAUCCACGAUCCCGGUCGAGGUGCCCCUCUCGCACGAGUGUCAUUCAGAUCGCCCUACAAAUUCAAGGAUAGAGUCGAAACCUUCAUCGCCAACGAAGGUCUCUUCACCGGCCAAUUCAUCUAUGCCGGUAAGAAUGCCAGCUUGACGAUUGGAAACAUCUUGCCUGUUGGAUCACUCCCCGAAGGAACCGUUGUGUCGAACGUGGAAGAGAAGACCGGUGACCGAGGUGCUUUGGGACGAACAUCUGGCAACUAUGUGACGGUGAUUGGACACAACCCCGAUGAGGGCAAAACCCGAGUCAAGCUCCCCAGUGGCGCGAAGAAGGUCAUUCUCAGCUCGGCUCGAGGCAUGGUGGGAAUUGUGGCCGGUGGUGGACGAACAGACAAGCCCAUUCUCAAGGCAUCCCGCGCCAAGCAUAAGUUCGCCGUCAAGCGCAACUCAUGGCCCAAGACUCGUGGUGUUGCCAUGAACCCCGUCGACCAUCCCCACGGUGGUGGUAACCAUCAACAUAUUGGUAAAGCAUCCACCAUCUCCAGAUAUGCCGCCCAAGGUCAAAAGGCUGGUCUCAUCGCCGCCCGAAGAACUGGUCUACUCCGCGGUACUCAAAAGACCAAGGACUAGAUGGUCUAGCUAUUUGAGCAACUGGCAAAACGGCGCGAAUUGAGUUGUAGCUCUAGUUUUGAGACGGUCACAGAGAAACGUGGGGAAGGUCAUUGAUGCAUCGACCAAGGUCCCAGUGCAGGCUGAGCACUCGAAUUACGCAUCACCAUAGGCCAAUGAAACACAGUCUCCAAAAUCAACCAUAUUCCAAACACACUUCAGACAAACAAUACUUGAAAAGGAAGUUGCAG